AUGCUCUAUAAGGUAUGGGUAUUUCCGUCGUGCCAGGUGUUUGACACCUUUACGGCUUGCAUUCGAUGGGGUGGGACAUUCAAAAGCAGUUUACGUCGGCAGCAGCUUGCCCAGUUCACAAUUGACGCUGUUCCGCCCUCCACUCCUAACUACUCGAAUACGAUGUGCCCGCUGCGCUACAUUCUGCUGCUGCUUUCGCUGCUGGUGGCCAUGAUCGGGCUCUCACAAGCUAUGACGGACCAGGAGGUCUCGGCGCUCACGGAGGACGGAGAGGACGAGAAGAGCGGCGGCAAAGGCAAGAAGCAGCAGUCGACCUUCCGCAUGCUCGUCGACAUGCUCAACGGCAAGUACCUGUACGACGCCUACAAACUCAGCCGGGGAACGGCAGCGAUUAAGGCUGACUAAACUAUUAGAGCAAGCAGCGGUCGCAAGAACACUCGACCCCACCCCGUGAUCUGGAGGUGGAAGGGCAUUUCGACGCCGCUGUGGGAGUCUCAACCACCAUGAAUAGAUGAUUUUAUGUGAAGAUAUGCGUUCGAGAGCUGAGUGAAUGUACGCGUGACUUGGGGGAGGCAGAAACGUUAAAACAGCGCGCAGUGCGCUCUGGUGUACGUCUAGCUAACGAAAAUACAAAGUCCCCAUGAUGUUCAACUA